CACACACACACACACACACACACACACACACACACACAGAGACAUAUCCAGGCUUUCACUGGAUAUUAUCCGAGAUAAGGAAUAAUCAGAUCCUCGGUUUUGUAUUUUUCUGCACAAUUUUCUCCUGAGUGUUAUCUUCUCCGAAUGAGCAACCAUGGCGGAGUGGACCAUAUUAGAGCGGCUGUUGGAGGCGGCUGUCCAGCAACACUCUACUAUGAUUGGAAGGAUCCUACUGACUGUUGUUGUGAUCUUCCGGAUUCUGAUCGUAGCAAUCGUUGGAGAGACCGUGUACAACGACGAGCAGUCCAUGUUCGUAUGCAACACCUUACAGCCUGGCUGCAACCAGGCCUGCUACGACCGGGCUUUCCCCAUCUCCCACAUCAGGUACUGGGUAUUCCAGAUAAUCAUAGUGUGCUGCCCCAGCCUCUGCUUCAUCACCUACUCGGUGCACCAGUCCGCCAAGCAAAAGGAGCGACGCUUCUCAACCGUGUACCUCUCCCUGGACAGAGAAAUGGACUACAUGAAGAGAGAUGACAACAAAAAGAUGAAGAACACCAUCGUGAACGGGAUUUUGCAGAACUCAGACAACUGCAGUAAGGAGGCAGAGCCCAACUGCAUGGAAACCAAAGAAUUCCCCAGCUUGAACGUAAAGCCUACAAAGUCAAAAUUGCGACGGCAGGAGGGCAUCUCCAGGUUCUACAUCAUCCAGGUGGUGUUCAGAAAUGCACUAGAGAUUGGGUUUCUGGUGGGUCAGUAUUUCCUGUAUGGAUUCAAUGUCCCCGCGGUGUACGAGUGUGAUCGAUAUCCGUGCAUAAAAGAUGUAGAGUGCUAUGUUUCCAGGCCGACGGAGAAGACAGUGUUUCUGGUCUUCAUGUUUGCCGUCAGUGGUAUUUGUGUGCUUCUGAACUUGGCAGAGCUCAACCACCUCGGCUGGAAGAAGAUCAAAGCGGCUGUGCGAGGAGUUCAGGCACGAAGGAAGUCCGUUUAUGAGAUCCGGAACAAAGACAUGCCCAGGAUGAGUAUGCCCAAUUUCGGGCGCACUCAGUCCAGUGACUCUGCUUAUGUGUGACUCCCUACGGGAACAUGAGGAUGCUGCAGGACAGCUGUGUAUAAACAAGUAAUCAUGAACAAUAAUUCAUAUAUUUGUAUUUAGUCUUCAAAUGAAACAAGAAAAAGUUGAGGAUUUUCAGCAAAGGACAUAUUACUGAAGAGAGCUUUUGACUAAUGACUAAAAACUGGAUUUUUUAUGUGGGCCAACCAUCUUGCUCAUAUCAUGUUGUAUUUAGCAGGCAUUGAUUUGAUUUGUCUUUUAUGGAGAGGUUCAGAUGGACCACAUUUGUGUAUUUUAUUCAAAGAAGGCACAAGUAAAGAAAUGUAUUUUAUUUUUGUGCAAAGUGUUUCUUAAAAGCAUAAACUGAUACACUAUGUGGCCAAAUGUGUGAGGACAACUACAUUAGAACUAUAUCUGAUAGUUGGACAUGUAUAUGUGACACUCUUAUGGUUGGGAAAUGAUUGCAUUUAGACACCAUUGCAUAAGUAAGUCAAAGAACUGUGGAGAAAACUUCAGAGAGCUGUCUCUGUGUUGUAGAAACAGAAAACAGCCAAACACACAAUGCUGACACAAAGUUGAAAGCAUUUUGUUGUCUAAAGUGUUAUUUUUUGCAGGAGUAAAAUAAUACUUAGUCCAGAGUUUACCAGUCCAAAAUGCUAAUAAUCUGUCCAAAAACUAAAUGCUAGCAUGAAAAAUAAAUCCCAUUUGGGAUGAACCUGGCAAUUCAUUCUCCCUGUCUGGACAAACACUACUGUUCCUUUCAUACAGUUAGAGUCACCAAGCCAAUCCUUAAAGUCUAAGAAUUGUAUUUGGAUUCUUAACUUCACAAAGCUCCUCUGAAGCCACUGGACAUUAUACAGCUGCUUUCAAUAGCUACAUAGUAUUUCCUGAGACUGGUGAACCACUGCUUGUGUAAAAUUGAUGGGUAAUCUAACCCUAAUCCUGGAUUGGAAACAACCCCAGACCAAAAGUAAACAUCAUUGGGCCAUAUAGUGUAUCUCAUUUCAAUUUGUAAAUGUUGCACUAAAUAUUCAAAUGAACACGCCUGUCUGCUCAGAUUGCAGUUUCAAUGACAUUUCAGUAGUUCCAAACUUCACUUUUUGAAGUAGAAACACACAAUCUGGCUGCAAAAAGACCAAUCUUUGGAGUCAGCUUUAUUUCUUACGAAUCUCUUCGGUUUGAUGCAUGUGCUCGGACCAUUGACCUUAACCUGAGUGAUCUCUCCUUUGCUGUAGCAGGAGGAAGGUGGUGCCUGACUAACAGAAAGUCUGUAAAAAAAGAAAAAAAAGAUGUAUUUCAUUUUUAAUGUUACUUGUUUUCAUGUCAGUAAGUGCCAUACAUAUAGAGGAAUCUUUAUCUAGAAACUUAAGAAAAACAUGAAAUCCCACUGUAUGGAAAUGGUGUCCUCCCUCACUUUAAUUUGUAACAUAAAAACCUCUGCAUUUUCCACGGUUAUUUAUCUGUCUUUAAUCAGAACUCAGCAUAAAACAUACAUUUUAAUGUCUGCCACCGGUGCUACCACUUUCAAGUGUGAUGUAAAUUAUGACACCUUAAAACAAAUAUGAACGCAUGUCUAAUAAAAUGAAAGCUAUGUGAAAAGAGUUAGAGUGGUGUCUAAUGUUUAGGUUUUCAGUAGAGCGGAGGUGAUCAGCAGCUGUGUUCAUGUUGGUCAACCUUUACAUGGAGAGAUUGGAUAAUAAUUAUUUUGAUUUUCUAAAUUGAG